CUUGAGAUACGCACAUUUCUGAGGGGUUGGUCGUAUUAAAUAUUAACAUAUUUUUUUCAGUUGCAGUAUCUCGUCUGGGUAAUUCAGGGGUUAUCUCGUCUGGGUAAUUCAGGGGUAAUGACUUAUGGUCUGGCACGUCUGGACAGUUGUUUGUCCCUAUAAACAAUGGUUAUCACGUUGGCCUACUACACCCCCCUUUAUACACAGCUCAACAAUCACCUUGCUUUAUGGGUAAAUGCAACAUAGAAUAGAGUAUGACGUUAAAGCCAAUAAACAACAGUUGAUGGAGACCUGUAAUAGUGCAAAAAUGCUACAGACAAGACAAUGUGUGCCACGAUAUAAUACAUUUCAAGGAGAAGGCAGUGAAUGAAUGAUUUGACAUAUAAUGCAACAAGGUCGACGGACAGGCAGUCAUGACCCACUGAACUAUGGGUAUUGUUCUGUUGCACAUCCUGGAAGUUCGAAAGUAUGAUGUUUUACAACCGCAGGGAUUUGACUUGGUGCAGUUCAUUUGGUCCUGUGUGGCUCAGUCGAUAAAGAAUGGUGCUCGCAAUGACAAAGGUGGUGCGUAUGAUUCCCGCUGGAGCCGCCCAUAUGUAAAAUGUAUGCACGCAUGACUCUGCCGCUUUGUAAACAAGUGUCUGCUAAAUGGCUAAUAUUAUAUUAAUUUGUGAUCACUAGGGAAUAGGGCUACUGGCCUAGGUAUGUAAUCAGCUUGUCAUUAUAGGUCAUGAGGCAAUUAAUACAAGGGAAUUACCCGUGUAUAAGCAUAAGUCAAUUUACACACCGUACAAAUACUAUGGCCUGCAUCAAUACUCAUAUUCAACGUUUCAACACCUGCCUAUAUAUUUAGCAGUGAAUCAGAGGUCCAGUAAAGAGGGAAUAAUUUCUGUCAUGGCAGAUUUCAAGUUAAGAAUGAUCAGUCCUAGGAUACAUAACAGGUUGAUUUAAAAAGGCAGAAUGAAACAUGCUAUUUCCCCAUUUUUAAACGCUAUUUCAAAGUUGUUAUUUUGUGCGCACAAAUAGUUAUAUGGAUUUGAUCAUUUAUCCCCAUAACCUGCAUUUCAAUAUUUGUUAUAACAGUUUGAGAUUGCAGGCUUACAAAAUAACAUUGAUUUAAAAAGAUAUAUAUAUGUAAAAAUAAGCUCAUUUCUGUUAUAUUUCGAUUAUCAAAUAAUCUUCCAUUGAAAUAAAAACCGAAAUCAAUGUACCCGUUGUCCGGCCUCACUUCACUCAUUGCUCACGCCCGCACACUCACUUCUCACUCACUCUCUGUAGUCCCGUUCCGUUUAUGUUCUCACCUGUACGGAAGUGAACAUAAAAGGCUGGGCAGGUAAGAAUGUCUGAACCACGGAGGCACUCAACGUCUUUCCUGCCAGCAGUAACCGCGAGGACCAAUGGGGAUUGCUGUACUUCUGCUCCUGAUUCUUCGGCAUUGGAUCAACAACGUGGAGGGAACAUGUUCGGUUGGCAGCGCAGUGACUUGUGACGAGUGUCUCCAGCUGGGUCCCCACUGUGCAUGGUGCACACAAGAGAAUUUCACAGACUCGUUUUUAAUUAGUGAGCGAUGUGACACGCCGUACCUCCUCCUAGGGAGAGGCUGUCCCCAGGACCAGGUAGAAUUUCCUGUGACCAACUCCGAGGUCCUCCGGGACCAGCCUCUCGGGAAGAAGACGGGGAAUACAAACAGCACCCAGAUUUCACCACAGAAGAUGGCCCUCAAACUCAGAACUGGCAGUGAGGUGACCUUCCAGAUCAGUGUGCAGCAGACAGAGGACUACCCUGUAGACAUCUACUACCUGAUGGACCUCUCAGCCUCCAUGAUUGACGACCUGGAGAUGAUUAAAGACUUGGGCUCCACCCUGUCCAAAGAGAUGGCAAAGCUCACCAGUAAAUUCAGACUUGGAUUCGGGUCCUUCGUUGAGAAACCAGUCCUCCCGUUCAUUAAGAUCACUCCUGGAGAACUGGAGAACCCUUGUAGGAGUGUGGAUGAGAGCUGUCUGCCAACGUUUGGAUACAAACACAUCCUACCUCUCACCAGCAGCACAGAGAAGUUCAACAAUAUCAUCACCAACCAGCGUGUGUCUGCCAACAUCGACCUGCCGGAGUGUGGCUUCGAUGCCAUUAUGCAGGCUGCUGUCUGUGGGGACAAGAUAGGCUGGAGGAACGACUCCAUGCGUCUGCUGGUGUUUGUGAGCGACGCCGACUCUCACUUUGGGAUGGACAGCAAGAUGUCAGGCAUCGUCGUCCCUAACGACGGGGAGUGCCAUCUGGACAGCAACAAUGAAUACUCUAUGGCUGCCCAUCUGGAAUACCCAACUCUGGGACAGCUGAUGGAUAAACUGGUGGACAACAAUAUCCUGCUUAUAUUCGCUGUGACGGAAAAUCAGAAACACAACUAUGAGAACUAUGCAAGUUUCAUACCUGGUGCCACGGUGGGGGUUCUGGAAUCCGAUUCAAGGAACAUCCUGGAACUGAUUGUGACGGCGUAUAAAGAGCUGCGGUCUGAGAUAGAACUGGAGGUACUAGGAGACACGGAGGAUCUACAGAUCUCCUUCACAGCGAUCUGUCAGGAUGGGACGGUAUUACCUGGACAGAAACGAUGCUCCAACGUCAAAGCUGGAGACACGGUCUCCUUCAACGUGACUGUAGAACUCUCUGAGUGUCUCGACGGUCCCCAGCGUUUCCUCAUCAAACCGGUGGGCUUUCAGGACCCCCUGGAGAUAGACCUGGAGUCCCUGUGUUCCUGUGCCUGUCAGCAGACCCCCGAGCCCAACAGCAGCCACUGCAGUCUGGGCCGGGGAUCUCUGGAGUGUGGCUCCUGUCUGUGUAAUCCUGGGUACAUGGGCUCCAAGUGUGAGUGUACGGAGGAGAGCGUCCAGAGCAGUAACUGCAAGGAAAGUGGCGCUCUUGAGUCCUGUAGCGGGCAAGGGGAGUGUUACUGCGGCCAGUGUGUGUGUCACCCGUCUAGUUUUGGACGCGUCUACGGGGCCUACUGCGAGUGUGACGACUUCUCGUGUGUGAGGUUCCGAGGGGUCCUCUGUGGAGGUCACGGGGACUGUGACUGCGGCGAGUGUGUGUGUCAGAGCGGCUGGACGGGGGAGUACUGUAACUGCAGCAGCAGCAGGGACAUGUGUGUGUCGGAGGACGGAGCGCUGUGCAGCGGACGGGGGAAGUGUGUGUGCGGGAAGUGUGUGUGUUCCAUGCCCGGAGCCUCUGGAGACACCUGUGAAAAGUGCCCUACCUGUGGAGACACCUGUAGCUCUGCUAGGACCUGUGUGGAGUGUCAUCUCCAAGCAGAAGACGAGGCCACAGAGGAGUGUGUCCAAAGGUGCAGCGUCCCUCACGUCUUCGUCAACAAUUCCACAGAAUACGAUGAGAGCCGGUCCACGCUGUGUACCCUAAAGAGUGAGAACAACUGCUUCAUCUCUUUCAGUGUGGUGGCUGGAGACGCAGGGAGCACUGUGUAUAAUCUAAAGAUGUACGACUGUCCUGAGCCCCCCAACAUAGCUAUGAUAGUACUGGGGGUCUCUCUGUCCAUCCUCACCAUCGGCCUCAUCCUGCUGGGGGUGUGGAAGCUGUUGAUCUCAGUCCACGACCGCGAUGAGGUCGCCAAGUUUGAGGCCGAGAGGGCAAAGGCUAAAUGGCAGUCGGGUACAAACCCUCUGUUUAGAAGCUCGACAUCAACGUUUAAAAAUGUAACUUAUAAAAGUGCAGGGGGACCAAAAGUUGAUAUUCAUUCAAUGGAUGGCUGCUGAUGCCGACAUCAGUGUGUGUGUGUGCAUGUGCAUGUGUGUGUGUGGUGUAAGGACAAACUGUAAACACCACAAUGUACAACAUUGUAUCACUCCAAAGGGUCUGGAUCUUCUUCAGGGAUGCUAUCUCAUAUCAGCAGACAGAAAAUGGAAUGUCUAGCUAUGAAUCAUCUCUAAAUGAAAUGAUUUUGAUUUUGCUGCUCUCUGGUACAAACACUCUGCUGAACUGAACACUGGAUUUUCCCAUUUAGAUUGUUACAGAUUUAGGAUCUUAAUUUGAUCACCCCGUUGCAGGAGAACUUUCCUGCAAUGCAGGAAAUGUCAAAAUUGUUGUGUAUUUGAGGUUUAAAAAGGUUUCUGAAGUUUGUAAUUUCCGCUUUGAAAUUUCAGACUUGAUUUUCCCUUACUAAAAAUAUGUAAACCUCUACAACAAUAUCCAUGUGUAAUUCACAUAAUUAUUUACAUUUCUGGUUUCUGCAGGAUUAUUUUCCUGCUGUAGCAAACUGGCUCAAAUUAUGAUCCUACAUCUUUACUUUUUUUGAUAGAUUUUGGUUUGGGACAUAGGUAGCCUAAAAGAGAGAACAAACUGAGUAGGCUUGAUACUACUGCAAUAAUGUUUAAUGUUUUUUGUUUUAUAAAAGUUUUGUUUUGGGUUUUGAAUCGAGGCUGAGCCUUGAAUAUUGUAAUAUUGAUUGGACUCAUUUUGAGAAGAAUAAUGGAUUACCUUCAAUGUAAGGCGCAAAAAUAAAGUUGAACUUUUGAGUUGUUGCCA